UCGGGGGGUGCCACCGCGGUCAUGUUCCACACAAUGACAGCGACCGUCAUCGGGUUGAACACAACGGUGGGGUCGUGUUCAGCACGUGGUGUACAUGGCUGCCCUCGACCGUCAUCGUAUCGAACACGACCGUGGGGUCGUGGGGUGCCACUGCGGUCGUGUUGGACACGAUGACAGCGACCGUCAUCGGGUUGAACAGGACGGUGGGGUCGGGGGGUGCCACCGCGGUCGUGUUCGACACGAUGACAACGACCGUCAUCGCGUUGAACACGACGGUGGGGUCGUGUUCAGCACGUGGCGUAGAUGCCCACGCUCGACCGUCAUCGUGUCGAACACGACGGUCGUCGUGUCGGACUCGAUGAUGAACGGCUCUGUGAACUAUUCGGUAGCGCUACAAAACUUGGAAGGAGAGGGGAAGGCAAAUAAACGACGAGCAAGUAAGAAUUCUGAGAGCAUGGAACAAUCUCCGAAAAAAUCGAAGGGGACGCCGACCGCUGGGGUGGGGAGUCAGGAGGCACCGGGGUCUAAGCGGCAACGCACCCCGGUUCCGAGGGGUGCACCUUCGUCAGGCACUCCGUCGACACGUGUUCGGGGCUGUGGACCGGAUAAGGCUGUGUUGAUGAUUGGCGGGCCUGCGGGUCAGGAACGUGUGCCUGGUCCGCAGCAGGGAAGAUCUGCAGUGGAGGUUGUGCCCGGACGUAAACCGUCUAGUGAACUUAAACCAUCUGGUGAACGUAAACCGUCUGGUGAAACGACUGCUGCGGAUCGGCGAGACGAUGUGCCCGUGGUUGAUCACACGGACAAGUUCUGGAUGCUGGAUUGGGUGGGGGAGAUCGGACAACCAUCGAGUGGCCUUGUUCUAUAUGUGGUCAUCAAAGAAAAUAUUGUGCCGGUUGGCGGCCUGGUGAGGUGGACUGGACAAAAUGCGCCGUCUGCAACGUUCGAGUUGACGAUGGUUCUGAAUGGAAGAGGGGAAAGAAUACCGAAUGUUAAACACGUCGCUCUUCGAUGGGCCAAACACACGGGGUUUGGAAAGUCGCUGGUUGGUGUGUUCAACCCACCAGGGACAACGAAAAUGAAGUUGCCUAACCUCGUCGACGUCCUCGGGUUUUUCGACGGUAAUGUGAUCGCGGGCGAAGAGCCGGUAGUGCAUCCAGAAGACCGUAUAUCGGAGCCUAAAUGCGUGCUUUCAAAAACCGUGGAGACAGGGCCUUCGAUCACGAUCCGCGAUACGCCGCCUGGUCCGAAAGCUGGGCAGAUUGGAGAGAAGGGUCCGUGCCGCGGACUGGUCGUGCCAUCAGCCCCUAUGAAGACUAGGCCAACGACGACCAAAGCACCAGUUGCCUUGGGCAGCCGACCUCGCUAUGUUGCGGCCACCAAGGGACCUCUCCCCUUGGUGGGUCAGCAGCGCUAUGACUACACUGUGCCAAGCCGCGCAGAGGAAGCCCAUGAGUUUUUUGAAGAUGAGGAUGAAGAGAACAGCGAGGCAUAUUCGGAACGAGCAGGAGGACAGGAACAGUAUGCUGCGUGUGUCGGCGGCAUGACGAGGCAUCCAGGAGAGACAAGUAAAGUGGUUGGACAGGAUGAAGACAGUGAGCACACUAUGAGCAAAUUGGGUGGAGAGGUUGGUCUGGCAGGAGGAUAUGGGAGCAACUACGAAGGAUGUGAGGGGGAUGUGCAUCCAACACGAGGGGGGGUGUACCACGCGACAGUGGUUGUGGCUGGGCAUACAGAUGUUGCAGGGCUCGCUGAGCGAAAGAGGAAGCAUAGGCAGGAGAGGAGAAGUGCUAUGGCUAGUAAACGGGGUAAGCAAGAAGCGGGUGAAGAAAGACAAUUGAAAAUAUUGCCCGUGGAUGAGGCGUUCCAGCGAACACGGGAGACUGAGGCAGCCACGAAAAAAAAGCAGCAGCCAAAGAAAAGAAAGGCAAAAGGUGGUGUCAUGGAAAAGACUUCCGUUUUUCCAGCGGAACAACCACAAUCGGAUGAAGAGGCCAGAGGCAAGACAGUUACUAGGCCGCCAAGUUUGCGAAAUGUGUCAUCGGUGACUUCUUCUGGUGUUCUCAACAAAGGCUUCUUCCUUGAGUUGGACGAGCGUGGGAACCAGUGUCCAGACAUGGAAUUCAUUUCUGUCCAGUUCAAUAGAAUUCAGGAUAUCCCCAACGGGGAAUUCAGAUACAGUCAACGCUAUCUUGUGCAGCAGACGAUUGAUGAUAUUUAUGACGCAAUGGUUGCAUCGGGUGAGGCUACUAUCAGAGAGAGAACGACUGGAGCUGCCGGUGUGAAUGUUUGUACAUUGUAUGAGAAGCCUGUCCUUUUGUUGGUUUCCCUCCGUGAUACAUUGCAUACUGACGCUUCAGGGAGGAUUGUGGGAGCAAGGAGGGUGCUGCCCGAUGAAUUCGACCUCGAAUCUGUGAACAAGUACUACUACCACUCUCUCGGCGGUCAGCAUAACGUGGCGGCGGCAAGAAGGUAUUUUGUUGAACGCCCUGACAUCGCACAAGAGCUCCGAUUGGAUCGCUGGACUGUGAGGCAUGUUAUUAUCCGGAUAAGAGCAUGGACAAUUACGGCACGCUGAGCAUUUUCCAGAACGCCAAGGACAAAUGGAAUACCCCACCGCACCAAAUCGU